AUGGAAAGGGCCAAUCAUUCUACGCCACGUGGCGUGGAUCAACACCACAUCCACACGAACCGUGUAAUCAUUCGCGAACGGCUUCGCGAAUGGAAGAAUCGCGUCAAGUGUCGCGCACAGGGGUUGUACGCGUCGGGUUACCACAACGGUUACGGAUCUGCUCCCUACGGCUCCCUUCAAGCGUCCGUCGCGGCGGGCGGCGGCCGCAAGGCGGCGAUGGCGACGGCGGCGGCUGCGGCGACGUCGUCGCUGGCGGCGGUGCGCGUGUUCAAAGGCAACAGCGUGCUCGCGCAAUUCAAGGCGCGAUUCACGGCGCGAUUUGCGGAGGGGCCGGUGGGACUUCUGACUGACACGGCGGAUGCGCAACGUGCAGCAGGAGAGGCGUUGACAGCAACAAGGAUAGAGGCGACGGGCGAGCUUGGGGAGAGAGGCGAGGCGGAGGGGGUGGGCGGGGGGAGCGGGGCAGAUGGGGCGAGGCAAGCGGUGGUGGUGGGGGGGUUAGGGGCGGGCGAGGAGCAGCAGAGCGCGGCAGUGCGCAUGGCGCAGGCAGUGCUGCUGCCUGCCCUGGGCGCUGUAUCACACGCCUUCAUGCACGGUCUCAACCGCACUGAGGUGAUCGGCGCUCACAAGCUCACCAACGCCAUCGCCCACCGACCUCCCGGCACGCCUCUCCUCACGGUGGCCAAUCACGUGGCAGCAAUGGACGACCCGCUGGUCAUGGCAGCAGUGGUGCCGCCAUCCCUCAUGCUCGCCCGCCCCGCCUCUCUCCGCUGGACCCUCUGUGCCUCCGACCGCUGCUUCUCCUCGCCUCUCCUCUCCGCCUUCUUCACCUCACUGCGGGCGUUACCAGUGGAGCGGGGAGGGGGAAUCCAGCAGCCAGUGAGUGGGAGUUGGGAUUGGACUGGGGGGACUUGUUGUGUGGACCUCCCUCCCGCGUUCUUUCUUCUCCACUCCUCUGCACGCCAUGCACCUCCCUCCCCUCUCCCCCUCCAACCCCCUCGGAACUCUCUUUCCCUCACCUCCCGCCCCACUCCGCCUGAGGCUGUCGGACCUCUUUCCCUCUCUUCGCACACCUUUAUCCUCCUGCAGGGCAUGGUAGCAGCGGCACAGCAGCUGAGCAACGGCGGGUGGGUGCACAUCUUCCCCGAGGGCACUCGCUCGCUGGAUGGCGGCCGCACCGUUGGCCCCAUGCGCCGAGGCGUGGCGUGGCUGGCAGCGCAGUGCACUGUGCCUCCCCUCAUCAUCCCGGUGGUGCAUGUCGGCAUGCACCGCGUGCAAGCUAGAGGACAAACGCUGCCAGCCGUAGGCCAACGGGUGGCAGUGAUGGUGGGCGAUCCAAUCGACAUCUCUGAUCUGCUGCACUCGUACCGGGCGGAGCUUCAGCGCCUGCACUCCACCCUGCUGGCGCAUGAGCAGCACUCUCUUGAGGGGCGUGUGGCUGAUAGUGAGAUAGCAGCACCGAUGGGUGGGGCAGGGGCAGGAGUGAUGGUGGGUGGUGUGGACAAUGCAGGGGGUGCUAGGGACCUUCGCAGUGACGUCUAUGCGGCUUCCGAUCAAACUGUUUCUGAGAGCAGAGUGGAGGGCGCUGGGCUUGAGUUGAGUGAGCCACAUCACCCACACUGGCAGUUACACCUCACUGACAGUCGCGUUUCGCAUUGGCCCUUCCCUCUUGCUGCCCAUCCCCUCGGCUGUUUGGAGAGCCACAGAUGGCAUUCCCUCACACUCGCCUCCCCCUUGGCUGAUGCUUCUCCCCCUGGUGGCAGCAGCAGCAGCAGGGUUGGUGCUACUGGCCUGUUGCACUCCCAGUGGGCAGCAGCAGCAGCAGCAGCGGGGGAGGCAGUGGUGAGGCAGCAGGAGGCGGAGAGGGUGGCACUGCUGUUUGGCUUUGCUGCUCGCUGUGCCAUGGGAGGGGGGCAGUGGCGGCAAGAGGAGGCAUUGGUGAUGUGA